AUUAAAAAAUAUUUAUGUUUCUAAUUACAUUUUAAAUGGCUUAGCUCUAUCUUGACUGGAAAAUCCAUAAGCACAUUAGACAUUGGCUAAAUGUGUAAGCUUGUUCGUCAAAGCAACGCUCAAUUAAAAUUUAGUUAUGGUAUUACCAUUGGUCUCCUAUGAUGUGCCAAAAGCUAAAGCUUGUGAUCCGUUUUUUGCUGACCAUGCACUUGAUCAGUGAAUCAAUUUCGCUGGUCGAGUUUAAGAACAUAAAGUGUGAAUCAUUGGAUGAGGAAUUUUGCACUUUUGACUAUUGCUAUUUGAAAUCUGUGAACCGUUCAUACAAGUAUUUUUCGCUCAGAGUCAAAUUGUUAAAACUACCAGUAACCAAUGCCAAGGUAAAUGGUGCACUUUACCAACGACUCAAUGGAUAUAAGCCCUUUUUGUACAACAUAACGGUGGAUGCCUGUAAAUUCUUCAAGAAUCAGAAGUCAAAUCCCAUUGCCAGUUUCUUUUACGAUGCCUUUAAAGGAUAUUCAAACCUAAAUCACUCCUGUCCCUACAACCAUGAUCUUGUGCUGGAUAAACUUACUGCGGAGUCUGUAAAUCAUCGUGUGACUAAAAUUCUACCUUUUCCACCGGGAGAGUACAUGGUGCAUAUGAACUGGAUUGCCUAUAAUAUUAACCGAGCUGUCUUUAAAAUAUAUUUAGCAUUAACGUAAACUAAAUUAGCUAUGGGGGCUAUAAGUACUUUUCAUGAAGAAUUUAUCUGCAAACAAGGUGGCGAGUUUCAAUCAAUUGCUCAUAAACGAAACCAAGUUGGUCAAGAACUUAGUAUUUUGAUAUUGUCCAUCAAAACUGUUUUUAAACAUCAAUGUUCUAAUUUAAAAAGUGGACUUGGAUAUAAAGAAUACAAAUUCUGAAUGAGCAUCAGUUAGUAGUUGGUAAUUAGACUCUAAAGCAUUCUAACGAAAUUAUUUAUUUCUUCUUCAGUUUCUUGCAGUGCACCUUUCGCUACCCUGUUCGCUUUCUUUUCCACUCAACUCCUGGGGGAAAACGGCAGUCGGUCCCCUGAGCAUAUGUACACCCCCCUCCAUUUGGAUCCCCUUUCCAUCCGAUUUUCCUCCGCCGCCCCCGCAUCAGAAUGUGAAUGUGAACGUGAAUGUGAAUGUGGAGCAAUUAAUGUUUGUGUUUUGUCAUUUCAAGCCCGACAUCGCCUUCUUCUUGAUGGGGAUGCUGUUUUUGUUGUUCUUACAUUUUAUGCGCAUAA